AUGGAAGACGGAGAACCUUCAAAUACAGGCAUCGAAGAUGGAGAAGCUUCAAAUAACCUUUCGGAAAAACUACCAAAAAGAGUCCUCGGCGAUGGUUGCUACCCCGUUGGUGCUCGGUUGAACAUAUAUUCAAAGGCCAAUGUCAUUGGCCUCCUUGUCGAGGCAUUAAAGGGUACUGAAGAUCUUCAGAAACAACUUCAUUCCCAGUUUGGGAAGUUAUUCCAUCUACUUGUUGCAAGAUGUUGCAACAGCGCCAAACUUGUUCAUGCCCUUCUAUCACGACAACUUGUGACCACGAAGAAACACGAGAUUUGGUUCCUCUUUGGUGGACAGCCUCUGAGAUAUUCGAUACGGGAGUUCAAGGAAAUCACUGGAUUGAAUUGCAAUCCCGAACCUGAUAGCACAGAAGAAGAAGAAGAUGUCGGAAAAACAGGAAUCUGGAAAGACCUGUUCGGAAGAGCGAAGGCGAUGAACGUGUUUGAUGUGCUUGAAAUGCUAAAGGACCCGGAUCUACCCCGCUGGAAACAGCUUCCAUUGGCCCUAAUCGUUCUUGUCGACGGUGUUCUGUUUUACAAUAGCAAAAAUCUGGCCCUCACCGAGAAAUACGUUGAGAUGCUGACUGACUUGGAUAGGUUCAUGCUGUAUCCAUGGGGGAGGGUAUCCUUUAACAAAACAGUAUCUCGUUUUCAAGCUCCGAAUGCAAUCACGGAUGCCGAGAAAAGGGAGAAUCCUUUGUCUGUGAAACAGAUGGUACUGGAUGAUGGUGAGAAUGACCAACAGAAUGAAUUGCGUUGGGGAGAUGAGGUAGAGGAUGCCGAAGUUGCAUUCAUGCAGGAACUCAUGGCGGAGGGGUACAAAUUCACACCUUCGGAUUUUGCAGUGGCACCGGCCCCUAUCGUGGAUAUUAGUGAUGCAGAGGACGAGGUUACCAAUGCACAGGAACCUGAGCCAUCCACCAGACCGAAGAAGAAACAGAAAACUCAUCAAACUGAAAAACGUCCCAUGCAGAGGAAGAGAGGCAGGGGCAAGAACUCUUCUAAUCUAUCGGAAGAUGAAUCCCCUGAAAGUGGAUUCAUCAAAGAGCUUAAAAGAUGGAUAGUACGUCAGAAUACUUUGCUCCUUCGAGACAUUAAGACCGAGUUGGACAAGAGAUUGGGCGUAUACCAAGAGGACGAAGAAGAUGACGAUGUACACCAGUCAAAAGAAGAAGGGGAACAGGAUGACGAAAGACAGCACACAAAAAAAGCUGGAUCAAAACCGGAUAAAGAUGCAGACGAAGCCGAAGAUGGAGGUGAAGAAGGAGGUUAUGAUGGGGCACAGUCUAGCGUACGCCAUAAUGAUGGUGUACACCCCGAAGAUGGUGUACACCAGAAAGAAAGAGAUGAUGAAGAAGGGACAUCUACUUACUACGGCGGGGACCAUUAUUCUCCCAGGGACCAUGCGUACUUGAAGACUCCAGAAGCUCCGACGAUGACCCCUGAACCGGGACAAGCCAAUUCAGGAACAACUCGUCCACCUCCUUACUUCGUCAUUUCGGAUGAAGAUCCACCUUCUGGCCUCAACGAGGUGGAUGGUGGUAGAACAAAUUUGGUGUCAGGCCCCUUAGUAGUCUACAAACCUCAGACUCCUCACCCAUUGAGCUACGCAUAUAAGAAACAUGAAGCGCAGACAGAUGCGCAGGAUGCAGAGGCUGUGGCUAAUGAGGACGACUCAUUAGCGGGGAAAGAUUACCAUAAUGCGCCUGAGGAUGCAAGUGAUGCUUCGCAGAAGACCCCUUGUACUCCUAAACCCCCACAAGAAGUUGAGGGAUCGUCUGGUCACAUGCAAGUCAUAAUGGCCAUGCUUUGGAGACGUAGAGGAGAAAUCUACUUGAAAGACAGGGUAGCAUUUGUAGACACCUUGUUCAUAUCCAUCAUCGGCAACUACUACAACGAUUUCAUAUCGCGAGACAAAAAUCAGUAUGACUGGGGGAAAACCAUUCAGGGCAUUGUAUUGGGAAAACCAGCAAAGUGGGCUAAUCAGCGGCAGAGGCAAAUGUUUAUACGGUUUGUGGACGUUGUAUACGUCCCGAUGAACUGGGGGUCUGAGCAUGUGGUGGGCCUUGUAAUUGACUUUAAAACGGGCAACAUAAAGAUUUUGGACUCAUUCAUCAGUCAUAAUGAUGAAGCGGCUGUGGAGCAGUAUAUGGCGCCCGUGUGUCAAAGUAUGCCAUUUAUAUUGAAGCGUUAUUUGGAUAGCAAAUUAACGGAAGGCCUACGCACCACCCCUUACACAUGGAGUCGUUUGGAGGGCAUAUAUCAGAACAAAAGAUCCGGUGACUGUGGGCCAUGUGCGGCCAAAUUCUUAGAGAUGCAUGCUGUAGGGCUUGGAGUGGAGGAUAUGGCUUUGAUAACGGACGAUGACGUUGACAGGUUAAGGGAGAAAUACGCCAUCGACUCAUACGAAGAGUUUGUCGGGAAUCCGGCUAUUGCCAACGCUUAG